AUGUAUUUCGCCACCCGUCUAAGCUUCGUCCUGGCUCUGCUGUUUUGCCUCAAUGGCAACGGAGAUGCUUCUGUACAGCAGGAUCGCUCCAGACUCCAGCAAAUCCAGAUCCAAAGUCGCCGCACGACUGAUGUCGACACCCAGGUGCAACUGGCCUACGAAGCCAUUGGAAUCUUCGACAAAUACAAAGGACAGAGGGCAUCGGAUCUUACCAAGGAGGCUCAGUUGAACCGACAAGUCAAUGACUACAAGAGAAAGAUCGUGAUUAUAGAUGGAGUUCCAGCUCAAGGAGGCGCUUGGGACAUCCUGGGAAUAUUCAAGUCCGCCUCGGAAAAAGUUCCCGAUAAUAUCAAGAAGGAUGCCGAGAACCUACUAGUUAAUUCUUCCAAGGCUUUGGUGGAAGGCGUUGUAAGCUAUGUUGGGAACUGGCUUCUGAACGCCAUCAAGCGUGGAUAGUGAAAGUGAAGGUGGACUAAUUCAAGGGGAGAUUUAUAGUAAAUUUGAGGUUU